CGCACCCCAGCUCGGGAUGUUAUUUCAGCCCCCUUGGUGGUGCCAGCUUUUCCCCUGCUGGCCACCACUUGUUUAGGUUUGGUUUGUUUUUCCUGCUUUUACAAGAAUUUCCUCAAAAUGUCCUCUGGUGUUGCUGUUUCCGACGAUUGCGUCAACAAGUACAACGAGCUGAAGGUCGGCCGUCAGUACAAGUACAUCUUCUACAAGAUUUCCGAGGACUUCACCGUCGUCGAGGUCGAGAAGACCGGCUCCGCUGAUGCCACCUACGACGAUUUCCUUGCCGACAUCAAGGCCAUCCCCAAGGAUGACUGCCGCUACGCUGUCUUCGACUUCGACUUCGACACCUCCGACGGUGGCAAGCGCUCCAAGAUCUGCUUCUACGUCUGGGCCCCCGAUACCGCCCGCAUCAAGAAGAAGAUGAUCUACGCCUCUUCCAAGGAUGCCCUCCGCAAGAAGCUCAUCGGCAUCGGUGCCGAGAUCCAGGGUACCGAUAUCUCUGAGGUCUCUGCCGAGUCUGUCUUCGACCGUGUCUCUCGUGGUCCCGGCAACCAGUAAGUGCGCCUAGAGAGCCCCCUCCCUCUCCCCUCUUUCUCUCCCCCUCCGUGCGCGCGCGCCCGCGCCGGCGGCCGGCCGAGGGCAGGCGGAAAGGGGGCCCCCCACGGUGUGUACGCGCGUCUCUCGCUGGCGUCCUCCCUUCCUCUCUCUCUCUCUCCCCGAGUGCGGCAGACAGAGAGGACCCCCCUCCCCCGGCGGGAGCGCGGAAAGGGACGCGUGUGGUGUGACAUCUCGUGUAGAUUCCCCCUCGUCUGGUUUUGUGUAGGGCCUCAGUCCAUAUGCGCUUCACAUUACACUCCCCCUACUCUACCACA